UGCCCCGGCUUCUGAUUGGCUCCUCCUUGUUUCCGGGGCUCCACUCUGCACGGUCUCCCCUGCCGAGACCAGACUGGAGAGAAUGGCUGCCAGUGCAGAGGUAGGGAAGCUGUUACAAGUUCAAAAUGGGACACCUCCUAGCACCAACUACAACGGAGUAGAUGCCGUUCACGCCUGUAAUAUACUUCAGCAGCUGAAAUCCUUGUAUGAUGAAGCUCAGCUUACAGACAUUGUCGUAGAAGUGGACCAUGGCAAGACGUUCUCGUGCCACCGGAAUGUCCUGGCAGCCAUCAGCCCCUAUUUUAGGUCCAUGUUCACUAGUGGCCUUACAGAGAGCAGCCAGCGGAAGGUCAGAAUCGUUGGGGUGGAAUCGGAAUCUAUGCACCUCGUCUUAGACUAUGCCUACACGUCCAGGGUCACGCUCUCUGAGUCCAAUGUCCAAGCCCUCUUCACUGCAGCCAGCAUCUUCCAGAUUCCUGCCCUACAGGACCAGUGUGCCCAGUUUAUGAUUAGCAGGCUCGACCCCCAGAACUGUAUAGGGGUCUUCAUGUUUGCUGAUGCCUAUGGGCAUCAGGAGCUGAAGGAACGCUCACAGGACUACAUCCGUAAAAAGUUCCUGUGUGUUUCACAAGAGCAAGAGUUUCUUCAAAUGACCAAGGAACAGCUGGUCAGCAUUUUGAACAAUGACGACCUCAACGUGGAGAAAGAAGAGCAUGUCUAUGAGAGCAUAGUCCGCUGGCUGGAGCAUGAUCUGCCUGGCCGUGAGGCCCAUCUUGCUGAGGUGUUUUCCCUCUGCAUUCGUCUGCCUUUGCUCGAUGACACUUUUCUCAGUCGGAUACCUGCUCCGUUUGCUUGUGCCCUGUCCCUGUCUAAAGACCCUGUUGAGGCCAAAGCACGCCUCGCUGGCACCAACGGUUGCCCCCAGCGCCUGGGAAUGACCGCUUCUGAGAUGGUUAUCUGCUUCGAUGCUGCUCACAAACACUCAGGGAAGAAGCAGACUGUGCCUUGUCUAGACACGGCCACAGGGAGGGUGUUUAAACUGUGCAAACCACCCAACGAUCUCAGAGAGGUUGGUAUCCUGGUGUCUUUCGAAAAUGACAUCUACAUCGCUGGGGGCUACCGACCAAGCAAUAGCGAGGUGUCCAUAGACCAUCGGGCAGAGAGUGACUUCUGGCAAUAUGAACAUGCGGGAAACCGAUGGCUACCACAUGCACCUUUAUUGAGAGCAAGGAUUGGCUGUCGACUGGUGCACUGCUGUGGGAAACUUUAUGCACUGGGUGGCAGAGUGUAUGAAGGAGAUGGUCGAAACGCAUUAAAGUCAGUAGAGUGCUAUGAUGCCAGGGACAACUGCUGGUCGGCAGUGAGUCCCAUGCCAGUGGCCAUGGAGUUUCACAGUGCUGUGGAGUACAGAGAUCGAAUCUAUGUCCUCCAAGGUGAAUAUUUCUUCUGCUUUGACCCUCGCAAGGACUACUGGAGUCAUCUUUCCCCGAUGAGCGUCCCUCGGAGCCAGAGUCUGGUUGCCCUGUACAAGAACUGUAUUUACUUCAUCGGGGGCAUCUGCAAGAAUCACCAGCGCACCUUCACAGUGGAGGUCUACGACAUUGAGAAGAACAGCUGGAGCCGUAAGAGAGAUCUUCCCUUUGAUCAAGCCACAAACCCGUACGUCAAGGCCAUGCUGCUGCAAGGCAAACUACAUCUGUUUGUACGGGCCACACAAGUCAUGGUGGAGGAGCAUGUGUUCCGCACCAGCCGCAAGAACUCCCUAUACCAGUAUGACGACGAGACAGACUUAUGGACCAAAGUCUAUGAGACACCUGACCGUCUCUGGGAUUUGGGCCGCCAUUUUGAAUGUGUGGUGGCCAAGCUCUACCCACAGUGUCUACAAAGGGUGCUCUGAGGUAGCUUGGCUCGUUUUGUGAACCUAAACUGAGACAGAGGGAACGGUGUGGUCCUGCCCGCCUUGUGCCUGGUCUUACCUCGGGGUUUGCACCACAAAGACCAUUAUUUUGAUAAGUCUUAAGCCGUUUAACCUUUUGGUUUAACAAGAUCAAGACAGGGGUGCUUUUAAAGUUUGCAGUAUUUUUUUUUCCAGACAGCACCAAUUACCCACACUGAUGCUUGCUCUAGAAAACCGUACAAUGAAUCAUAAGUGCAAUUAUUCAACGUGCUUGCUAAUUUUUGAGCCAUGCUGUUCUAUGUUGUUUUAGCUGCAAAGUUGAUGUGCUCUCUCGAGAAAUGGAUGCUACAUCUAAACAAAGUAAAAUUCUAUAUAUACUAAAACUAUAUAUACGACAAACAUAAAUACUUAUAUAAACUAUAUAUUGAUACGGGUAAGAUGAGUACCAUAACUCAUCGUUAGUUUGUUGGCUCUGAGGUUUGUGUAGAUGCCCCUUCAAGUCAAAUCUCUAAAGCUCCUUUCAUAGGUGACUUUUAUUUUGAACUGCAGUUGUAGUAAUUUACAAUAUUGUUUCUGAAGCUUGUACGAUAUUUUAAUGUCCAGCGCUCUUCCACAAACGUCCGUGUGUCAAACAAUACACUAUGUGGCUUCUGAGCUAUUUUUACAUUUGGUUUUGAGAAUCCACUUGUGUAGGUGGCCCGUGCCACCCAAUCCAUGAGUUGGCGUCCAUUUUGUGUCACAUGCGAGGACAACAUUUCACGUUUAAUGUUCAAAUACUCCCUCUCCACAUUGGAGAAAUGACAAUAGUGAACUUUGUGUCAAUACUAAGUGGGAAGUUCAGACCAACGACCAGGCUUACCUCAGAGACUUCAGCGAUGUUCCAUUAGGAAGAGAAUAAUAAGGACAUUUCAGGCCAUUUUGUGUUUGUGAAGCAACUGUGAACAGCUCAGUGGAGCAUUGAGCUCUUUAUAGGUUGCUUUCCGAAAUGUAAAUUCCAACAAGUUGGAAAAAGUUAAAACAGCCUUUCGCUUAAAUGCCAAAAAAACGCAUUUGAGGUCUUGUAAAAGCUGCUCUGGAUGUCGGAAAAUAAUGAUGUAGUAGCAAUAACUCUUGGAACUGUGAUUUAGGCUACAUGUCUUCAUAUGAUUUUAGUGUAAGUGUGUUUUGUGUGCUUCUGUCUGGUAGUGAAAUCACUUUAGUUCCAUUGGUGCAUGGGUGCAGGCUUGAAGUGACGUGGAAUUUAGUGCAGGUCACUCACAAUGCCAAUGUGCCUGUGGCUGCAAGUAGGGGCAUCUGACUUGAAAAGUGUUCCCCUUGAUGAACAAUAUCUGAAAAGUCUUAAACUCAGCAUUGCACUGAUUCACUCUCCACUUCAACAGUACUGGACUAUAGACUUGCGAAGCACCCUUCAUGAAUCCAUCUUACACGCAGAGGACUAACAGUUGGUGCUGCUUUCCUUUGUUUUUCGACAAUCUUACACAGAAGAAGAAACGCCAACGCCAAGAGGCGUUUUCAUUUUUUUUUUUUACGCAAGUUCCUGUGUCAUCUUUGCACUACACACCCCCUUACACUUUUAUCUCAAGAGUGACCCCCCCACCCUGAAAGAGGUUCCGUAAUCUCAUAACAAUCAUCCAAGGGAAGUAACCAUUUGUGAUGAAUUUGAUCACCGUAGAAUUAGAACAAGAUGAAGCUUCACCCACACAGCUACAGUCGGUGAACCAGGAACGGAUAACUCAGGAUUUCUACUGAAAAAACAGUACUGUAUAUUUUUUAAUUUUUUUUGUUAUGCGUAGUAUACUGUACUAUAGGUUUGCUGUACUUGCACAGUUUUUAAAUUUCAGUUUCUUUUAUAACUUGAAAUCUCAGUGUGUUAUUUGUGUUGUCUCUAUUGUCCCCUCCCCCCCUUUCUUAUGUUAUUUUCUAUUUAGUUCAUGUAGAUUUAUCCUGAAGCUUACAUGCACGAGUGAUACAUUUGGAUUGUUUUCCCCCCAUUUUAGUCUCACCUGAUAAGCAUUACAGAUAAACUAUAUUCUGAACACCAGUCACGACUUACAGUAAAACAAGCUAGGGAAGUUUUGCGUGUGUUACGUCAUGGUUCAUCUCAUUACCCGUGUGUGCGUUUGGGUGCUAUUUCACCGUGUGUUCCUCGUGCUUUUCUCUUUUUUCCUCCACUUGUCUCUUUUGGGUAAUGGUUUAUAGUGGUGGUUGAGCUCAACUGUGAAAAUUCACGUUGCACAUAACUUGAAAAUAAAACAAUUAAAAGGCAA